AUGGUGAAGGGCACGAUAACCUUUGUUAUUGCUGUGCUUGCCGCAGCACAUUUUCUGGUUGAACAUGGAGAGGCCCUUAGCUGCUCGGACAUCCUUCCAGCGACAGUUCAGUGUGCCCCAUAUGCAACAGGUGCAGUUCCUCAGCCGUCUACCGGGUGCUGCCAGGGGAUAAGCCGACUCAAUGGGAUGGCCGGAACUACUGCUGCUCGGCAACAAAUAUGCAAUUGCCUCAAGCAAUUUGCCCCUCAGUACCCAAAUGUGAAGGACUCUCUACUUUCUUCACUUCCUAAAAAAUGUGGUGUUCCACUGCCCUUUACGCUCAGUCGGAGCACAAACUGCAAUGGGUGA